CGGGGCCGAUCGGAGUUGCUGCGGCGGCUGUGGCGGCGGCGGCAGCAGCAGCAGCAGCGACGGCAGCAGCGGCGGCGGCGGCGGCGGCGGCGGCGGCGGCGGUUCGUCUUUAGCCUGGUAGGGGGGAGGGGGCGGGGGGCUAGAGGAGGAUGGGGGCGGGUGGAACCACGGGCCGGUGAGAAGCAUUAGCCGCCGCCGCCGCCGUAGUUGUCCGUCGUUGCUGCCGCUGCUGCUGCCGCUGUCGUCUCCUUCUCUUCGGUCCCCGGCUGCAGCCGCUGCCUCACUUCCAUGCUCCAGGUCCCGUGCUCCAGUCCUCCAGUCCCUUGCUGACCCUCACCAUCCUGCCCCUUCUCACACACCCCCUCCCCACCAGGGGAGUAGGAGUCGGAGACUGGGGGGUGGGCUGUGUGCGACGGGUCCUGCCGAGGUAGUGACGGUCCACUUCACGGGGCACUUCCCCUUCGCGCCCCUCGAUAUCCCGGUCUCGGCCCUCGCCCUCUCCCCUCACGGCGCCCCUCGGCCAGGAUGAACCGGGGCAGCAGCAGCACCCCUGCCACCGCCACCGCCGACUACCUGCUCUGCACCAACUGCCGGAAAGUGCUGCGGAAGGAAAAAAGAAUCAGAGUAUCUCAGCCUUCGACAAGAGGACCAAGUGCCUUUAUUCCAGAGAAAGAGGUUGUCCAAGCAAAUACAGUAGAUGAACGUACUAACCUCCUUGUGGAAGAAUACUCUACAUCUGGGCGCCUAGACAACAUUACUCAGGUCAUGAGUUUGCACGCUCAGUACCUAGAGUCUUUUUUGCGCAGCCAGUUUUAUAUGCUUCGAAUGGAUGGUCCCCUUCCUUUACCAUACCGACACUACAUUGCUAUAAUGGCUGCAGCUAGACACCAGUGUUCUUACCUAAUAAACAUGCAUGUGGAUGAGUUUCUAAAGACUGGAGGUAUUGCAGAGUGGUUGAAUGGUUUGGAAUAUGUCCCACAAAGACUGAAAAAUCUCAAUGAAAUAAAUAAACUGCUAGCACACCGACCCUGGCUAAUCACAAAAGAUCACAUUCAGAAACUUGUCAAAACUGGAGAGAAUAAUUGGUCUCUGCCUGAACUAGUACAUGCUGUGGUCCUGUUGGCACAUUAUCAUGCCUUGGCUAGCUUUGUUUUUGGUAGUGGCAUUAAUCCGGAGAGAGAUCCAGAUACUUCCAAUGGAUUCAGAUUAAUAUCCAUCAACAACUUCUGUGUCUGUGAUCUCGCCAAUGACAACAACAUAGAAAAUGCAUCCCUCAGCAGCAACUUUGGGAUUGUGGAUUCUCUAAGUGAGCUAGAGGCUCUAAUGGAAAGAAUGAAAAGGCUUCAAGAAGAUAGGGAAGAUGAGGAAGCCUCCCAGGAAGAAAUGACCACUCGUUUUGAGAAGGAGAAGAAAGAAAGUCUUUUUGUUGUUUCUAGAGCUUUUGAUGAUGAUAUAAUUUCAACAUCUGAUGUCUCCAGAUAUAUUGAAGAUCCUGGUUUUGGGUACAAAGACUUUGCUAGACGAGGAGAAGAACAUUUGCCAACAUUCCGAGCUCAGGACUAUACAUGGGAAAAUCAUGGGUUCUCCUUGGUGAAUAGGCUUUACUCUGAUAUUGGUCAUCUUCUUGAUGAAAAGUUCAGAAUGGUCUACAACCUCACUUACAAUACCAUGGCAACACAUGAGGAUGUGGAUACAACCAUGCUGCGAAGAGCUUUGUUUAACUAUGUUCAUUGUAUGUUUGGAAUCAGGUAUGAUGAUUAUGAUUAUGGAGAAGUUAAUCAGUUACUUGAACGAAGCCUGAAGGUUUACAUUAAGACAGUGACCUGCUAUCCUGAGAGAACUACCAAGCGCAUGUAUGAUAGUUAUUGGCGUCAGUUCAAACACUCAGAAAAGGUUCACGUAAAUCUACUUUUGAUGGAAGCCCGCAUGCAAGCCGAACUUCUGUAUGCUCUUCGCGCUAUAACUCGCCACCUGACCUGAAGCAUCAUUGCAGAGGAAGCGCCACGUCACUGAUGUGUGAAAGACCUUUUCACAGAACAUACGCACCAGAAGCUGCUUGUGAUGUAGCAUCAAAAAAUGAUUCAAUUCUCUAGUGUCCAAGUUUAGCCGUGUUUUUUUGUUUUGCGGCUGUCAUGUGCAAUGAUGUGUUUUAUUUUUCUUGAUGCUUAACAUUACUAAUGAUAGCAAACAUAACACUGAAGAGCACUACUUUACAUCGUUUCUAGUUGGAUUUUUAAAAUACUGGUUACAAAUCAUGACCCUGCUUUGUUAAAGCUUAACUUUAGUGCUUUGAGGGCUGUGUGUGUAUGUGUGUAUGCAUGUGUGUGUGAGUGUUGCAUUUUUUGUUUGUUUUCUUCAAGUGUAGGAGAAGCGCUUAUGUUCUGUUUAAGCCAUCAUUGUUCAGGUUAUUGGAAUGAAUCCAGCUAGGAAUGUCCCCAUCUGGACAUUCUCAGAUCAUAAUGCUGUGUCCUAAGGCUGGCAGAGGAAAAGCAUGUGCUGGGGAGCCGAGCUACUGCUGCUCGCUGGGUGCUCCUUUGUCUCCAGGAGAUUCUUUGUCAGGCACUGGUUUUUCUACAGCUAUUGGUGAUAUCGUGAAAUGUGAUGCAACCAUUGUCCACAAUUUAAUGUGAAAUUAAUCAUGAUGAAUUCUAUAGCAUGCUACUGAAAUGCCAAAUUCAGCCAUUUUCCUUUUGUUUGUGCAACAGAAGUUUUAGUUCUCCAUUUCAGCUGUACAUAGUAAAGUGGAAUGAUGCACAAUCCUUUCUAUCACUGACAGUAACCCUCAGUCUUCUGAAGGCAUGAGUGCUUAUAGUGCUGCUUACAGUUCAGUUCGUGGGCACCUAUAAACUUUCAUACACACAAGACUGACCAAAAAUUUUUUCUUUGCACAUUUUUCCUUUCUCACACUGCUUUUCUCUAUGGCGAAAAGCAAAGGAAGGCUAAUAUAUUUUUCCUGUUAGGUUUUUAGGAAUUAUUUCCCAUAAUUCUCAUUCAUUUAAUAAGUUGAACAGUUUAUUCAAAGGUAAAAAAAAAUUGUGUUUCUAUGCAUUAAUGUGAGUGAACAAAAAAAAGUGCAAUAUGUUUUUUUUAUUAAAAUCACCAACUUUCCCCCUAUUAUGUCACUGCAAAAGUGUCCUUCUAACUAUAGCCAUAAAGAAAUUGAGUCAAAUUUCUUUAUUGCACAAGGCUUAACUUUUCUGUUUUACCUUACUGGAGUUGAACAAUCUGCUCUUAAAAUGCCAAAGCAUCCCCUUCCCCAGAAAAAAAAGCUCUUUAGACAAUGGAGAAUAUCCAAGUGGGGGGAAGUUAGCUGCCAAAAAGUCAUCUUUUAGCAUUUGGUUUUUGUUGCUUGACUAGACUAUCUUCCGAGAGCACAAAAUGUCUGUGUUUAUAGCUUUACUUUCUGUUGUGUGGAUGAAUCAGUGAAGUGCCUCAAGAGAUGCUUACACCUAUCCAGUAGGACACAACCACACUGUUCAAGUAUUCUGGGGUUAAAAGUGACUUGAUUUUCUUUUUUUACAUAUACAGACUUUCUAAAAGAAUUUUCAGUUUUCCAUGGAAAAUAUGUGAAAACCCAAAUUACCCAUGGAGAUUUCAUUUGAGACUUCUUAAUUUUGGUCAUCUUCAAGUAGGAUAGGGCUAAUUUUUUUUCCAUGCAAUAAUCAUGGAUCCAUAAGUUACUAAAAUCAGUUCUCCCCCUUCCAUUUCAUCAUUCCUUUCCUGUGACAAGACAUUAGGUUCUUUUGUUUUGUUUUAGUUCAAGAUAAGAAAAUGAAAAAAAUGAUUGUAAAUGUAAUAUCAGCUCAGCAUUUGGGAAUUGCAGACUUUUGCUUGAAAUCUUCCUUGUGAGGAAAAAAUCAUAAAUUUUUAUGAAGACAGGGUGGUUUAUUUAAAGAGAUUACUCAAAGAAGUGCAUACCAGAAAUCUCUUCUGUUUUUUUUAUUAUAUAGACUAUAUUUUGACUUUAUUCAUUAUCACAUAUAUAAAUAUAUAUACACAUAUACACACAAUUAACAAAUGUUAUUCAGGAGAAUGGUGAGAGGCAGACAACGACCACAUAAAUGUCAGUUUGACUUAGUGACAUAGAUGUUUCAAGUCGAGGAUACCUAGUGCUCUUGACAUUUAGGAUUUUUUUCAAGUGAAGUUUCUUCAGUUAGUAGCCCCACUCUUAUUACAGAUAAGCUGUACUGUAGUAUAAAAAUUGUACUUCAAAGACAUGAAGGGAAGAGUUCUCACAGAUCAUCAGAGGAGCUUUUAGAAAACAGGGUGUGAAACAAGGUUCAGGUAACUAAUAUAACCACCUAACGAUAGUUUUCUUGCUUGAAACUGAAGUAGUUGGAAUUGGGACUAUGGAAAUAUUAGUGCCUUUACUGGAUCUCUUACCUGACAGAGUUUCCUUUGAGCUCAGCAUUCAUUUUGUCAGUGAUGGGAAAAGUAGACAUGGAAUUAUUACUAGAAAAUAAAACUAUUUCUUUGUGAACCUCAAAGAAUCAGCCUAGAGAAAAUGAUUUCUGAAGGUGGCAAAGCACCUUCCACAAUGCAUCAUGCACAGCAUUGCAAGUGGUGAAUGCCAUAUCACAUAUUAUGAAUUUGCUGUUACUUUUCUGCAUAGAUUGCAAACUUGAAAUUCUGAUGCGGAUUUCCAGGGUGGUAUUUUUUCAGAGUUUUGAAUUUACUAUGUAAUGAUUUAUAGUAUAGCUUUUAUACUCAAAUGUAAUAUUUUUAAAAUAGACAUUUGUUCAGAAUAGGUGUAAAGUUAUGAUUAUACCAUAUGCUUACCUACACCUUGGGCUCACAUUGUGCCAAACUUAAAUGUGCAAAUGGAAGUUAAAGAAAAAAAUACUCGUGUGAAUGUGAAUCCUUCAGCUUUGUUGUUUAUGUUCUGAAAAUUCAUUUUAACAGUCCCUUGAAGCAUAUGCUCAGCUAUCCUAGUUCACCCCAGUAAAAUCUAAGAUCCUCAGCUGAUAGGUAGAUAAAAGUUGAUUUUUAAUCAGAGUGCUUAGAUGAAGGAGGAACUAGACAGAUCUAAUAGAAUCUUCCAAUCAGAUAGACUUUGAAUUAAUUCAUAAAAUAAUUAGAAGGGAGGGAUGAUGCCUUUGAAAGAGAACUACUUGUUAACACGCUUCUUUGAAUUAUGUUCAUAGCCAGCCCCCGAAAAGGAUCAUAGCUACAUCUUGUGAUAAUAUUAUGAUGCUCAGAGACAAUUAAGGUAGACUCUUGGGGGGAAACUACUUGCCUUUCAUUGUACAUUUUACAAUGCCAAAGCAAAACUAAAUUUAACAAGCUUAGUCUUAUUCAUAUCCUCUUGUUUAAUUUUUUAAAAAUACUUUUCUAUGGGAGUUUACAUUUGAAAUGUAUUUAAAAGCCCACAGCCACUUUUUUCUUUCACACCAUAGACAGUUUUUCUAUGACCAAAUCUCUUCUUUAUCUGCCUCAGUAAAAUAAAAAUAUUAAUGAAUGUUAUUGAAAACAGCAUAGUUGGAUGGUCACUGUUUUGAGGCAGUUUGCAUGCAUAUAAAAUAGUAACUUUUUAUUGAAGCUUUAAGGAUGCAUCAAUUAGGAAAAAGGUUAAAUUUCAGUGCAUGUUAUAGAAGUGAUUUUGCACUCUGGUGGUCAGAUGAGCUUAUUUUGUUUAAAAGAAAAAUUGUAAAUCCUUAUUUCUCUGGAAAAGCAAGACCUUAAAUUCCUCUCUAUCAAAUAGGACUUAAAUUUCUUAUGCAAAUGAUAUGGUCUUGCAAGAAUAAAAAGUAUGCAAUGGGAAAAUAAUGUAAAUGAUAUAAAUAGAAUACUUUUAUAGAUAUAGUUUAAGCCACAGAAACUACUUUAAAAAAAUAAAGAGAUACAUGGUUCCUCUAUUCAGAUUAAGUUUUAAAUUGUGUAAAAUUUGUAUGGUAAGAAUCUUCUCUAUUCUAUUUCCCCUGUGAAAUCUGGGAUUCAAAUUUAGCAGUCUCUUCCCCAAACAGUACAGUAAUGUGAAUGUAUUCAUCUCAGUCAACAGAAUGUGAGUGACUGUUAAAUAUGGAGCUCAUUUUAGUAUUCAUUUGGCUUACUUGGCAGAGUGUGCUCAGUAGUUUCGAAAUUUAAGACAGAGAUUGAAACAGGUUAUGGACAUGGAAGCACCAUAGUAGAGCCAUGUGAGGAAGGAAUUCCAUCCAGCAUUGCCUGGAGUUGGAAAUGUUUCAGGGAACAUUUGGAAUAUAAUUCUUAGUGUAUGUCUGUUCUCAGUAGAGUGCAUGCAAGACAGAAAUAAAAUGUUCAGUGUGGGAAUCCUUCAUGCAUAUCUUAAACUUUCCUGCCUGCUUUAUCUUCCUCCAAGUGCCUCAGCCUUUCACCUGCUUCCCCUAGCCUAUCUCAUCCCCAAACUAUCACCAGCCAUCUGCUUAGAGCCACCAAUUCCCAUCUGUCUUCAUCCUUCCAGAAAAUGACUUUGUUCCAUUAAACUUCUUCAAUCCCUUCACCACCCGGCUAUCUUGUCUCAGAUUUUUUCCACCACCCAGACUUUGUCCCCAGAAACCAUACCUUGUCUUAGCAAGCACUAGACUAAACUUUCUGGACACUUUAGUAAACUUUUUCUGACCCUACAGAUCCCAACCUGCCAAUAGUUCUCUUCUCCUCUACCUCAUCUCUGAAGAGAGUAUUAAUCAUUAGUGUCCAGCAUUUUUGUGGAUUUACUUUUUAAAGAGAUAACCAGUUAUUCAGGAGUACAAAAUUUCAGGUUGUAUAUUUUUUUAAAAAGAUUUUUAUCUUCUACUGAAGUAGGAAUCUUAUUCAUAUAUAACAUAGAACUUGAAAUAAUUCAACAGUGCAGAAUUUUGAGGGGAUUUGAAGUCAUCAUCCUAACUGGGGUCAAUACCAGAGCAAAAACAUUAAUCUUUAUAAAGUUAUUAGAAUUUAAAAUUUUUCCCCAUUCAUCAGUUUACUAUGUCAUAUUUUGGAGAUUUGAGAAAUCUACAUCUUACAAAAGUAUAUUGUUCCAAAAAUUCAUUUAUAACUUGGUUGUGUGGAAUGGAAAACACUUCUCAUAGAAUUAUGGUGCUUAAGAUCUCAGGCUAUUUCACAAAAGACUGCUUAAUUCACAAUGUAAAAUACACAUAGCGACAUAUUGUGUUAAAUAGACUUUUUGGAGCUAUCCUGGGAAUUCUCUCUCUAUCGCGAUCUCUGUCUGUCUGUCUGUCUCUCUCUCUCUCUCUCUGUCUAUCUCUCUCUCGUUCUCUCUGUCUCUCUUCUCUCUCCCCCCUCCAAAAAAACAAAACAACACAAAACAUUACACCAUUUUUCUAUGUGAAAAUGUGUUGUAUAUCAAGAAAGUAGUGCUCUAUGGAAUGUUUCUCCUCCAGCAAAGGUUUCAGGUGUCUUCAGGAAGUGUCAUCAACAAAGAUUCUUGCACUUGAGGUAUCUAAAAAGAGGCCUACUGCAAUAUAGGCUUAGCUAUUUACGUGUAAAGACCUUCCUAAAUGAAGUAAUAGGGGGAGUGCAAGAAGUAAGCAUUUUUUAAGUGCCAGAUGUUAUGCUAGACCCUAGGGGAUACAUAGAGAGAAACAAAAUAGUCCCUGCCCUUGAGGAACCUAGAGUCUAUCUCAUGAAUAUGUCUUACUUGCAGAAAAACAAUAAACCAACCAUUAUAGUUUGGAUAAAACAUGAUCCUGUAAUAUUUGGAUAUUAUUCAUUCUCACUAAUGAAGAACUCACUCUGACUGCAGUCAAAUAAGUCAAUCAGUAAACAUUUAUCAAGGGCCUACUAUGUGCCUGGCACUGCACUAAGGGUAGACCUCAAGAGGCCAGGAACAAAUUGCUGGUCCAUUUUGGGAGAAAGAUUUAACAAUGCCUAAGGAGCUUAUUUUUACUAAAGCAAGUCAUAAGGUAUUAUAAACCUAUUAUGGAUGCCCCACGACAAAGUAUAGAUUCAAGAAAACAAAGGAGCCCAUAUUGUUGGGAUUUUGAUUCUUUUUUCAGUGCCUGUGGAAAUCCUGGAAAUAGGACAGACUGUAAAAUGGCCUUUAGAACAAAUAACUAUUUUACAGCUCAUAGGACACUUUGAGCAUUUUGAAAAAUCGAAUGAUGAUGGUUUUAGUGCUGAAAUUUUAUUCAAAUGUUGGAGUUUCUUAUACUCGUCAACUUAAUUUCUUGAAGGUGAAUGCACAGCAGAGCAUAUGUAAACACUUCUUUAAAGGAGAAAGAUCCAUUUUCUAUAUUCCUAACAUGAAGUAUUAGUUGUGAAGCCUGACUGGCUUUACUGCACAUGUUAUGAAGCUUGCUGUUGAAGUUGGCUAAAGAUCUUUUCCUGAAUAAGGCUUCUUCAUAAACUUAUAAUUGCAUGUCAGAUUAAUUAGGCUAUUUUCUCCAUUUGGUUAAGAAGCCACAGUCAGGGAGAAGUAGGAGGUAGGGUGGAGAAGGAAUGACAGUUGGACAGCUAAGUGAACAAUUUUCUUUUGUAAUGUUUGAGAAACAACUUCUUUGCUGAAUUUCACUGGUUCUGUCAAUUGUGUAAGUUAAAAUGAAAUGUUUCGUGAUGUUCUCAAAUGAAAAAUAGGCUGGACUUUUGUUCAGUACAAAAUCAUUUUGUUUUGUGGUCACAAGAGCCCUCCUCCCCUCUGCCUCCAGCUUUCUGUUUCACAUUUCCCUUAUUCCCUCUGCUACCUAAAAUAGGACAGUCACAGAAAGCAAACUACAUGGUGGUUAGGAAUUUUCCUUAUGCUAAUAGGACAGGCAAUCCACACACAGUCUAUACAAGGCAAAGAGACAUGUCUUAGAAACCUGGGCUGUUGUCUCGAUACUUAGAUUAACCUCUUAAAACCUGAUAAUACUUUUCCUGAUCAUGGUAGAACUGGAUGUAUCCUGUAGCUUAUGAUAGGAUUUGAACUUGAAAUUCUUCUUGUUACUGAUUUUGCUGAACCAGCUACAAUAAUGAAUGUAUAUAUUAAGACUUUGUAGCUGAUAUGCAAAUCAAAAUCAGAUUGCCAACUUCUUGACUUUUGGUUUUAGACGUGGUUUUAUCCAGAAGUUGUAAGCAAUAGAUGUAGCAUGCUGUGAACGUCUAUUAUCUUAUAUUCUUUAAUUCAUCAGUAUUAAUACAAAUUCUCUUUUGUGUUCCUUGGUACUUUUUAUCCAAUGUAAUCAGAAGCUGUGAUGUUUUGCCUUUGUAGUCCUGUGCUUUGUUACUGUAAUGUUUAAUUUUGUUUUUUAUGAAGCACGUGACUUUGGGCUAAUGUGAGGCAGAUGGUGUGAUCUUUAUGACUGCCAUAUUAUACUACAUAAGGUUUCAAAUUAGAAUAAGCUUUUAACAAAUAGACCAUUGAUGCAAUUUAGGAUUCACUCAUUCAAUGCCAAACAUCAGUCUUAUAUUUAAUAGUUUAAAUUCCAAAAGUAGCAAAUGACAUAUCAACAGCCACUUUCAAAUUGCCCUUGCUAUAAGCAAGCCUGCUAUACAUAAAGUCUAAUGUAGUAGUUUAAUGAUAUGCCUUUACAAAUCCUGUGCCCACUACAUGAGUCAGCGGUUAAGUAAGACCUUUUCUUAGGGGAACCAUGAGAGCUUUUUGCAUAACUAGUUGUUGUUUUUUUUCCCUUAUGUUGCUGUUUUUGUAACUGACUAUAAACUGACAUGAACAGAUCAGUUGGAGUAUAAUAUUCUAGUGCUUUUUAGUCUGAAUUUCUUUGGGGGAGAAUGGUAGUAUCAUUUGACCAGAUGCAGAAGGAACUGUUAGUGAGAGUCAAGACAAACAACAUUUUAAAUAAAGGAAUUGUGUAUUAACAUGUUAACAACAAUUCAUAAAUCUGCACUUUUUAUGACAUUUUGAAAUUCUAUUUAUAGGUACGGAACAAUGGGGUUUGUUAAACUGUAUCACAUUUAUACUUGCUGAAAUUUCUUUCAUUGUUAUUAGUAGGAAUUUUAUUAGUUCAAUAAAAUUGGCAAAACCAACCCUGAA